UCCAGGGCGCCUCUUUGCCCACGCUGGGUGGCCCCUGUGCCUGGGGGAGCACGUGGUGGUGCAUCUGGCUUCCUUGGACUGGCGCCCUGCUGGAACCGGAGGGACUUCUAACUUACAGCUGGUGCCCUUCCUGAGGCGCCAGCCCCGCCUGGUGCUCACCCUGCUUAGCGCCCGGGGGCCACAGUGCCCAGCAGCUGCCCUUGCCCCCGAGGCCAGCUAUUCGGCCAUCUUCACCGGCCCCGUUGGCUGGACGCCCUCAACGCUAGCUGGGUGCCUGGCCCUUGGGCCCUCUGCUCCUGCCUGUUGGUGGCCCCUGGAGGGCGUGUGCUGAGGGUACCCUGGGAGCAGGUGCUGAGGCCUUGCUUCUUAGGAAUGAGCCGAGGGCUGAGGGUCCCUCCAGAGCCAGCAUGACUUUCUCUGGGUCCUUCAGACCCCUGCCCCCCUCCAUACUGCCAGGCUCUGGCAGAGACACAGCCGAGAGCCCCACACCCACCCUGGCAUCAUCAGUCAGGUGCAGGUUGGGUGUGAGGAAGGGCUCUGGAACACCAGAUGCCCACUGCAGCUCAGAAAGAAUGGUGACAGAGGAGCCACUGAGAGAGGAGGGGCACGUGCAGACCUCAUGGCCCCCCCAAGCCCAUGCCACCGACUGGAGGUAUGCCGUGUGCAGUUAUGAGAUGCCUGGGUGGAGGAAGGCCCCAUGCCUGCUCAGAGGAACCGGCUGAGGCCCUCACCCCUCGGGGCCCCCACCUGCAGGCACUCCCGGGAGGAGAGCAGCGGGCCUUGCUGGCCACGCCUCCCAGAAGCCCAGGGGGCCCCUCUCUGGAGCUCCCCCCAAGCUGACCUUCAGCAGCUCCUCUUGGGGUCCCCCUGCACCAACACUGCAAGCUGGUCAGAGCUCAGAGGAGGGGGACCCCACUAGCCAGCCCCUAGGAACUGACACUCUGUGUUGAUGAGAGUCCUCAGUCUCCUGGGCCAACCCAGGAUGAAGGACAAGGCUGUGGCCCUGAGCAGGACAGAGAGGGACCACCGAGGGCCCGGGCCUGGAGCCCAGCUCCCUCUUGAUGCGGAGGAUUCCCAGGGAAGGAGGGAAUCCAGGGACCCCGAGAAGGAUACAGGCCCUGCAGUCACCUGGUGGAGAAAACCUGUUGGGAAGGGAAGGAGCAGAGCAGCCGCUCUCCUCAAGUGAGCUUGAACAGUGUCCAGCCUCCAAGGGCCCUCCUCCUGCCCUGCCUGUGCCUGUGAGGCCCACCCUGGCCCAGGACUUGUCCCCCCAGCUGCUGGCCAGUGGUCUAGCUGCCCUGCCUGGGACCAGGGACUCCGAGGGCCGGGCGGUGCUGUUGGUCUGUACCCGGAAUCCAGCCUGGGUCGGUCCUCACUGUGGUGUCCAGGAGCUUGCUAGUCUCUUCCUCUACCUGUGGAGCAUUCCCAGGUGGGAGUGGGGCCUGCUUUCAGAUGGGGAGAAGCAGGGCUCGGGUGACCCGAGGUUCAGGCCCCGAGGACUGACGGUGUUGGUGGAUGCCCGACAUUGUCUGCCCAGUCCCAGCCUCUUCCUGGGGCUUAGCCAGAUGCAGAAGAUUGUCCCAGGCUCUGUGCCACGGGGUCUGCUGCUGGGGAAAAUGUCAGGGGCUUCACCUCCAGGACUAAAGGUACCCGUGCUGGGCUUCCCCCCCACUCUGUCUGCCAAACAUCAGAUUGUGCCUGCUAUGGUCCUCUGGAGCUGCUGCCCCUCCCGUCAGGCUCUCUCUCCUUCAUCCCGAGUGCCCCAGCUGCCCUGUACCCUUGAAGGCUGCUCCGCUACAGCCACAGUGCUUGGCUGGGGUUCCGCAAGGUCCGUGAUGGAGGGCCUGCGGGCCCCGGAGGCAGGAAGCUCUGCAGCGCAGCUGUCUGAGUCGCCAGUGCCCCUGCUCCAGGGGGCCAUCGAGAGUGUGGAGGCUGCCCCUCAGCCAGAGGGUGCUGGGGGAGCCGGGCAGCUGCCGCAGGACCCACAGGAGCUGAUGCAGAGGGUGCUGGACCACCCCCUGCUGGCCCGGCUGCAGCGGGAGGGUGGCACAGCAUUGGCACAAUUACAGUGGGAAGAUCCCGGGGUUAUUCAGAGCCCAGACUACAGGCUGGCAGUGGACGAUGCGGGGAAGCUGUAUGCCCAGGUAGAUGGGCUGCUGCACCAACUGGUCACCCUGUGCAACCAACGGAUGCGGGCUCUGGAGCUGGGGAAGAUGCUGGAGGCCCAGGCGGGAGCACUGGAUGAGAUUCAGGCCUGGCUGCAGAACAUAGGCUGGCCGGGGCUGAAGGGGUCAGAGGAACCUUCGCUGGAUGUGCUGCUUCAGGCUCAGGAUGCCUUCUGCGAGCUGGACCAGGCUGGCCAGGAGCAUAUCCACCGUGGUGAGGAGAUUCUGGCCGGCUGGGAAGUGGCCGAGUUGGGCCAGCUGGGUGCUCCUGGGGCCCGCCUCAUCUCCCUGCAGGCACAGCUGUCAGAGUUCUCAAGGGCGCUUGCCCGGCGCCGGCGGCAGCUCCUGGAUGCCAGACAGCUAUCGCAUCUGCUGGAUCAGGCCUUGGCAUGGGCACAGGACGGACAGAAGGCACUGGCCAAGCUUGCCGAGGAGGAAUGUACAUCCCCAGAGGCAGUGCUGUGUCACCUGGAAGGACACCGAAUCUCACACCCGGACCUGGCCCCCUCCCACUUCCAAGAGAUGCGGGCGCUGGCUGCGGGGCUAGGCUCUGACCUCACCAUCCAGCAGUGUCACCUCCUGUGGGCCCGCUGCCAAGACACCCAGCUGGCACUGGAUAGGAAGCGGGAGGCCGCACUCAGGGCACAGCAAGUGCUGCCCACCCUCGCCAAGGGCCAGCAGUGCCCUCUAGGUGGUGAUGGGGGUGGCGGCAGCAGCUCCUCAGAUCAGGCCUGCCUGGCCUCAGGAAGGAAGAUUGAAGAGAGAGGGAGAAGCAGCAUUUGCCUGGGGUCUGUCGCCUCCCACUCACUGCGGAGGGUGCACACCUUGCAGCCAGGGACGAAGCAGAGCCUGUGGGGUUCCAUGUGUCGGCUCAGCCUUGGUGAACCCUCAACCACCCCCCACGGUCCCUCGGGCCAGCAGACAGGGCCCACCUGCCCCAGAUCUCUGGGGGUCCUGAAGGCAUCGCCCAGCUGUCCCAUUCUGGAGGCCACUACCCAGAACAGGACAGCCUACUUCCCCGAGCUGGAACGGGCAGACGUGCCCCAGGGCCUGCGGGGACAGCGAGCCCGUCUCUUUGGCAACCUGGAGAAGCUCCGGGAUCUUCACCAUCACUUUUUCCUCGGGAGCUGGGAGCGCUGCAGCCAGCACCCCCUUCGAGUCGCCCACGCCUUCCUGCGCCACAGGGCGCCGUUUGGGAUGUAUGCCCUCUACAGCAAGAACAAGCCCAGAUCUGAUGCAUUACUGGCCAGUCAUGGGAAUGCCUUCUUUAAGGACAAACAGCGUCGGCUGGGGGACCACUUGGACUUGGCUUCCUACCUGCUGAAGCCCAUUCAGCGGAUGAGCAAGUACGCGCUGCUGCUGCAAGAGCUGUCCCGGGCCUGUGAAGAAGGGCCGGGGCCCGGCUGGGCCCAAGGGCCUGAUCUGGCUGCCCUGCGUGCUGCCUGUGACCUCGUCCGAUUCCAGCUACGACACGGCAAUGACCCUGCUGGCUAUGGAUGCAUCCGUGGUUGUGACGUGAACCUCAAGGAGCAGGGCCAGCUGAUUCGUCAGGAUGAGUUCGUGGUGUGGUCCGGCCGUAAGAAGUGCCACCGCCACGUCUUCCUGUUUGAGGAGCUCAUCCUUUUCAGCAAAUCUCGGCACGGGCCCCGGGGGAUCGACUCCCCUUCAUGUCACAAACACUCCUUUAAGCACGACAUCGGUCUCACGGAGAACUGCGGAAGGGCGGGGCUGCGCUUUGAGAUAUGGUUCCGACGCCGCAAGGCCAGGGACACGUUUGUGCUGCAGGCCCUCUUGCUGAAAACAAACGGGGCCUGGACAGCGGCAUCACAGCUGCUUUGGAGACAGGCUGCCCGCAAUAAGGAACUCCGAAUGGCUGAGAUGGUAUCCAUGGGUGUAGGGAACAAGCCCUUCCUGGACAUCACCCCCAGUGAAGCAGCCAUCAGCGACCGAGCUAUCAACUAUAUCAUGAAGGGUCGAGGAUCUCGCACUCGGGCCUCCAUUGCAGUGUCUCUGUUUGACCACACCAACCCUUAUCCUGGGCCUCCAGCUUCCCUUCCCACCGGCCCCUCUUCCUGUUCUCUACUGGGGCCCCUUAACCUGCACCUGUGUGGAGACCCAACUCGAUUGAGACCCUGUUGGCCCCUGCAUCCCGCUGCUUACCCGGAGGAGGAGCUAGAUCCAGGGACUGAGACAGGGAGCCAGCCUUCACUGACUCCCGAGAGCUCUGGAGCUCAUUCCCAAGGUCUGUCAGCUAGUUCAAGUGGUUCAGAUAGUGGCUGUGUCUCUGGUCUGACGCUGGCCAGUGGCUGUGACGACCAGCCCAUAGCGGCCCUGGCAGACAAGCCCCACUGUGACCAGAGUCAGUACAUCUCAUCAGUCUGAGCUCUGCUUGGGCAGAUGUGAUGCUGGCUGCUGGCGGCCAGGAGGAGUGAAGCCUCUUCUCUGCAUCUCUUCUUCCCCUCAGCUGGGAGGCCUGGGCCUUGGGGAGGCCCCACCCUGGCCUGUUAUCCUGUUGUCCGUCAGGGCAAGGCCCAGGGCAUGAGUUUGCUUUCCCUCUGUGGUUGCUGCAGUCACUUAAGUUGAUGCCCCACAUCCUGAACAGGCAGCUCUGUUAGCUACACAUUCUCCUAUCUUAACCAUUUUGAAUGUCUGGGGAGCUAUAGCUGCUCCCGCUAAGGGGGAAAGGUGGGGAGGGGCAGAUAGGUGCCUGAUGCCCGAGACUAAUUUUGACAAAGGGACCAUCCCAGGGUGUAGUCUGAGGGAGGACUCCCUCCCCGCUCCUAGCCAUCUGUGUGGAGAGUCUGAGGGGCAAUUGGACAGAGGCAGCUGGGCCCAGCUUGAAGUUAUAAUUAGACUAGAGGGGAAGGUGUUGUGUUUCAUAUUUUAUUUUAGCUAGUUUGACGGGGAACUUGGAGAUGCCUCCAAAUGGUGGCUAUAGGAGUAGGUGCUGAAGUGGAGGGUGUCAGUGGGGAAAUUAGAGCACCUGACCCACAGCAGUCAGUGACAAAGAUGGUGGCCAACCCCCUGGACGUGGGGAAAGGGGACUUCCCAGGAUCUGCUUCUUCCUUUGGCUCAAGUUCCAGCAGCAUUCUAAGACUGGCCCAGCUCCUUAGCCUCUGAGUCUCCUCCAAUCUCAGGAACAAAGCCCCACAAGACCUUGCUAUGGCUGGCCUGCCAUUUUUUGUAUCCCCGAGUUCCCUUUUGGGAUCUCAUGGCAUUUCUCAUUAUUCUCCACUAGGGAAAGAAUAAGCUGGGGGACCCUGUGAAUUUGGAGGUUUGGUGGGGGGAGUAGACAAGAGUAGGUCUGCAGUCCUUUGGUGGGGAAUUGUGGGUCCAGCACGAAGCCGACGUUGUCUUCUGUCCACACCACUCCAGGCCUGCCUUCAGUGCUGGGCCCAGGUGGGCAGAUUGCCCACCAUACCAGCCAGGUCCCUCCUUUUUAGUCCUGAGCUCACCAGGAUCCCAUCCUAGCAUUCUUCCCUGGAUUCAUGUUAUAACGUUGACCUGAUAGCUUUUUUGA